AUGUCAUACAACAUUGCCUACGACACGGCCCGCGCACCCCCGCGGGGUGCAGCCCUCGUCGCAUUUAUGGAGGACUUCUACCGCACCAGUGAUACCGAGUCCCUGCACGAGAAAUAUGUUCAGAGCUUCACGGAAGAUGCCACGCUGAUCAUGGGCCCGAAGGAAGCGAAGGGUGCGAGUGAAAUCCUACCCCUUCGCCAUGGUCUCUGGGCACACGUCGCAUCUCGAAAACACACGCCGUCGCGCAUCUUUUUCGGCGGCGAGAACGAGAUCAUGCUUUACGGUGGUGUGAACUACAGACUCAAGGCUGAUACCGAGAAAGAUGUGUACGUACCCUGGGCUGGACGGGCGGUAUUUGCUCCUGAGAAGGAUGGUGAGGGUGUGAAGAUGCAGUUUUAUCAGGUUUACUUGGACCCUUCCGCCCAGUCUGGGAAGAAAUAA